GCGAGAACAGCAGCAGAUGAAAGAGGGGGCGGAGGACAGAGAAAGAAAAGGGGGAGAGAAAGAAAGACAGAAAAGAGACCGUGCGUGUUUUCGCAGGAGGAGUUUCUCUCUCGCGCACCGUUGGAAUUCACCGUCCAACCGUUUUUCUCGGGAAGGAUUUGCUGGAGGAGCGCGAAGGAGCGAGCAAGCGUCAGCGAGCAGAUGUUAUAGCCGGUCUAUCCCUCUGUUUCCAGCCUGAGAUCGAUCCUACAAUCCAGUACAAUGUGGCAGCCUGCGUCGGAGCGAUUGCAGCAUUUACAGACCAUGCUGAAGACCAAACUCAAUGUGCUGACGCUUCGGAAGGACCCGCUGCCGACAGUGAUCUUUCAUGAGCCAGAGGCCAUCGAGCUGUGUUCAGCCACACCUCACACGAAGAACCGCACACACACGGGAUACAAGGUGACUUACCUAGGCAAGGUGACAAUUUCCGGCACUCAGUUCCUGUCCGGCUGCACAGAGUCAGCAGUUGUGGGAUUAUGUGACACAAAACGAAAGUCUUUAGCCUACGACGACUCCAUCACCUCUUCCAACGCCAUACUGGAGAUCCGCCCCUUCCAGGUGAGACUACAUCACCUGGAUGGGCGGGGCGAGGCUACGGUUGCCAUGGACACCUUCCAGGUCGCUCGCAUCGCGUAUUGCACGGCGGACCACGACAUUAGCCCAAACGUGUUCGCGUGGAUCUACCGGCAAAUCAACGAUGAUCUGACGUUCCAGAUGGACUGCCACGCUAUAGAGUGCGAGAGCAAAUUAGAGGCCAAAAAACUCGCCCACUCCAUGAUGGAAGCCUUUAAGAAAACCUUCCACAGCAUGCGCAGUGACGGACGCAUCCACAAGAGCGGCUCGUCUGACGAGUUCGCCGAGGAGUCAACCACGCCCGAUGACGGCUGAGGGUGGGAAGGGGGGCGGAGCCUAUCUAAAGUGGGGGAAUGGGGGGAGGGAGUGCUAGUUUGAGAUAAGGCAGGUGCUGAUGUGUUGGUACCAUCUCUUAAUCUUUAUCUUUAGAGUCACUCUCUCUCUCUGUCUUUUUGCCAUUAAAGAAUAUUUAGAAAAUACAAGAAAAAUAAAGAUGGAUAGUAGUGAGCUGGAUAGAAAUGAUCAAUGGAAAUUCAAACAAAGCAAACUUUUAAGCUGACUUUUGCCUUUUUAGAUCUCGACAGAUUUGACAAACGCAUACAUGUACUAAAAAGACUUCAGUAAGCGACAACACCUUAUCACGCUCACUUACACUCCUAUUGAAAGCUGCUGUUUUUAAAUAUGACGUUGAGAAAAUUUCCCAUAUUUGACCUGUUAAGCUACUUGUUUAGCCAAUCAAAAUCCUAGGGAAAAUCACCUGUGUGGAUGGGGCGAGGGGAUAUUAAGGGUGACCUUGAACUCAAAUAGGGCCAUUUUUAGAUAACUGAGAGAUACAGUAUAUUCCCUCAUCCAGUUAUAGUUUGAGAGAGAAAUUAUAUAAUUUAAAUUUUAAUGCAGCCAGUCUAGGGCAUUCCUUUACCGUUAUAAGGCCAUAGAAUCAUCACUCGUGGGGACCAUGAAUCAGUUUGUGUGUAUUUUAAAGAAUACGAAAAGUCAAUGUGUGUGAUUUAGUGUCUGUCUGCAGCUCGUGAGCCUUUUAAUAACUAUGGAACUGGUUCUCUACAACAAGCUAACGCGUGCAAGCGUAUUUAGUCUUAUAUGGUCUAGCGAGUGCAAGAGAAUGUGUGGUUUUUUGUGAAAGUUUGAAGUGCAAGAGUGUGUCUGUGUUUGUAUGUUUGGAGAUUAACGUGAGAUAGACGUUCCAGAGAGACAUCAGUACAUACACUCAUGCAGGGCUGUUUUUUUUGAAGAAUAGUUGACGUAAACUUUUUUGCUCAAAUGUUUCUUUCAUGGGAUAGUUUACCCUUCUGUGGAAGACAAAAGAAGAUAUUUUGAGAAAUGUCUCAGUCGUUUUGUGUCCAGUCAAUGGAGGCCCAUAUUGUUCGGGUUCCGACAUUCUUCAAAAUAUCUUCUUUUGUGUUCUGCAGAAGAAAAAAAGUCAAACAUGUUUGGAAUGACAUGACGGCGACAAAAUGAUGAAAGAAUGAAAGACCAUUUUUGGUGUACUAUCCCUUUAAGGUUGACAUUGUUUUGAUAGUGCUUCUUUUUCAGUUAAAAACAAAUCCCUGUAACCAGUCCUUCUUUAGCAUACAGUGUGUUAAGGUAUCUUUGAAAGAUUGUGUGAAUGUUUGUGCAGAGUGAGGGAGGUUCCACGCCCCAAAAACAUAGUUGUCCCAUAGAGUGCCUGUAUCUUCCCCCUAUGCUGAAUGUAUGUCUCUUGUGCUGCAAGCGCUAUAAAUGUACUGGUACUGAAAGCCUUGUUUUACUUUUUUUAGAUUUUAAAAUAUACAUUUGUAUUUGCAGGUAAUUUGGAAGCUGUAUAAUGAUUUAGAGUCAUUAUUUGUACAUGUUUUGUACAAAAUGCAGAGAUGGCGUAGUGUGCGUUUGUGUUUUGUCUUAAAAUUAAACACACACACACACACACACAUAGACACUUUUACACAGCUCCACUCACCUGUGAAAACCCUUUUAUGGGGACGAUGGAUUGUGGAGCGAAAUGAGAGGUAAAUGAAGAGACUAUGAAUCAGACAUAUUUUGUAUUCCAAUUUUGAAUCAGAUUCAGAUUUUGAUUCUAAUGGGGUGGAUCUGGAUUCAGACAGAAAACUAAGAUGAAGUUUAGGAGAAUUCUGUGCAAGGGAGCAUCUAUAAAUGUAAAAAAUAUAUAUAAAAGAUAUAUACAGUGUAUUUGAAAAUCAUUCAGUAAGCUUGUGUCAAUACAAAUGUAUCCAUUUUUCUUUUGAAUACUGCAUUAAAUGUAAAAUGUUUUGAGUUAAGCACCAUUAAAGGAAUCAGUGUUAUGGCCAACUGUGAAUCUGGAUCAGGAGCAGAGGGAAGUCUGGAGCCUGAGUGAUGAAAGUGAUGAAUUGUAAGGGCAGAGUGAUGAAAAGAGUCUCUGUUUUUUUGUUGAUUGAAUUUGAUUUUGUAAAAUUGUAGAUGAACAUUCUUCUCACUACAUGUCUUAAUGGCUCAGACUCGCUUUAAUGUUUUGAAAUGUUACCGUAUGUGUUUUAUGCUGUAUUUGCAAAGAAAAAAGAUCAGUCAUAUAUAAAAUAUUUACCA